CAUAUUGAUUCGGAGAGAAAUGAACUCAAGAAAUUCUCUAUUACCAUUAUCGUAAUCCUAUUAGAUCAAAUCCGUCCAGUAAACGUUUACAUGGAUUCCCUGUAUGUUUGUUGAGCGAGCUGCAUUCUGGGUACAAGCCAAGAUGGCGGAAGAAGGUGAUAUUUUCGACUCGGUUUUGUUUUUGGAAGAAAGUUGCUAUAGAGAAGGGUAUGAAGAGGGAUGGAAGGCAGGACAGAGUGAAGGCCGGACAGAGGGCUAUAACCUUGGUCUGCAAAAAGGCGGGGAGAUCUCGUCUGAGGUUGGAUUUUAUUCUGGAUUUGUUCAAAUGUGGAUUGUUUUGAACAAGAACACCACUGAUGACAGAAAGAGAAAAAGAAUUUGUAAAUCUCUAGAAGGUCUCAAGCAUCUUAUUGGCAGUCUAGAUGUCAGUAACCCAACCAAUCAAAAGCUGUUUACUGAUCUGGCAAAAGUGAGGGCAAAGUUUAAACAGGUCUGUUCAUUACUUGGUGUCAACGCAGACUUCUCGCCACAUAACACUGCCGACCUGUCAUUCUAGCCCCUGGUAGUCCAGGCCAUACCCACAGAGGCAGCAAACCAUAUGUCUCCAUAGAAAGGAAAAAUGGAAACAGUAGAAUAUAAAAGAGAUAAUUGAACUGUACAGUGUAAAUAGCGUUAGGGAUAUAUACCUGUCUUCUGUCAGGAGAUAACCCGCUUUUAGAUCGCAAAACCAUUAUAAUUUUCAACUCUACCACUGUGACUUGUAAUCCGGAAUCUGGUAUCGAUGAAAAAAGGAGAUAAGGUACCCAGAAUCAAGUGGUAUACAGAAUACACACAAUAGAGGAUCGGUUUCCAGAUCGUGUCUGUGACAGGCGCAUAACAAGGAUUGGCUGAGAGGGGGGGCGCAUUUCCUUGAUAAGAAAUUACCCACAUUUUGGCCGCCGUGGGAGGGGGGAAGGGGCUGUGCGCACAGACCUUUUAUUUGGGGGACGAACAACGUAACUCUCGAAAUACCAGUCCAAAUAGCUUGAAACUUCACCCAGACCACUGUCAGAUCAGAAUAUCAUUGGGAGUUUUACGAUUUUAUUUCGUAUUAAAGUGAACUGCUUAUUUCAA